AUGUCUGUCAAGGUAGCAGAGCCUUACUCUUAUGAGCUCGAGUCUCUACCCAGGGUCGAGCCGGGAACUUCGACAAACCCGACGACCGCAGCUCCCAGUCGCGUCGCGUCGACCGAUGCGCUCGAUGGCGAGCAGCAGCGCGAAGAAGAUGCUGUAGCUCUGCCGCCGGUGGAUGGAGGCAUACAGGCUUGGACCUUCGUAGUCUGCGCGCUGCUCCUGGAGGCGCUUGUAUGGGGCUUUCCGUUCUCCUAUGGUGUCUUCCAGGAAUGGUAUCUCUCCUCGCCAGACUCUCCCUUCCGUGGCGCGAGCGAGUCAGCUAUCAAUGCGAUCGGCACAAUCACGCUCGGGAUACAGUACAUGGAGAGUUUGGGCGUCAUGUUCUUCACUCAGAGGUACCCGCAGUGGACAAAGCCGAUGAUGAUCGCCAGUUUGAUCACCUGUGUUGGCGCGUUGACUUUGUCGAGUUUCGCCACGCAAGUAUGGCAUCUCAUCGCGCUGCAAGGUGUCGUGUACGGUGUCGCAGGAGGCGCUCUGUACAUGCCCGUUAUCCGCUGGAUGUCCGAAUGGUUUGUCGACCGGCGCUCAUUUGCAGCCAGCUUUAUCUUUGGAGGAAGCGGUCUUGGCGGCGCCGGGUUCCCCAUCCUGGCCAAUGCUCUGCUUCAGAGUGUUGGCUUUCGCUGGACAUUGCGAACUAUGGCAGUCAUCGUAGGCGUAUUCGGUGGCAUUGCCCUCAUUGGCGCGAAGCCGCGCCUGCCUAUUGCUCGCCAUACCACGCCUGCACCUCUGGACUUCUCAUUCGUGACGUCGCCCGUAUUCGUCUUCGUGGCUGUCACAGUCUUCGUGCAAGGGCUUUCGUACUUCCCCGUGUCUCUCUACAUCCCAUCAUACGCAGCUUCUCUCGGCUUCUCGAGCUUGAACGGCACUCUGGCUCUCGCGGCCUUCAACCUUGCCUCCGUGGUGGGACAGGUCCUGUUCGGCUACUACUGUGAUAGGGGUCCGUACACAACCGCCAUGAUCGUCUCUUCAAUCCUCUCGGCGAUCUUCGCGUUCGUGCUGUGGGGCUUUUCCCACUCGGCCGUCUUGAUGUAUGUGUUUGCUGUGCUCUUCGGUGGUAUUAGUGGUGGUUUCAGCUCUGUCUGGCCGCCUGCUGCCGCAGACAUCUUCAGUGCUCAAGCGACGUCGCCUUUCCUGAUGUUCUCGACGGCGAAAGGCCUCGCAGCGAUCACUGGCCCUUUCAUUGCAGCUGCUCUGCACCCGAAAAGCGCGUCGAAUGACCAUGAAGCCGGAUCCGGUGGGUGGUCAGGCUACGGGUUUACAGCAAUGACAAUCUUCGUGGGGAGCGGCAUGAUAGCAUCCGCCGUGUUGUCCGGUACCGUGUUGGCACUCCGGAAGAAGGGCAGGAAAUCGGAGUAA